CAUAGUGAGAAGGGAGAAGGCCGUCUGUGAAAUUUCGGUAAUCUAUGGUGAAAGGCGAUGCAGAGGAACUUGAAUGCGUACGUUAGUCCCGGUAGUCUAUGUGCACCUGGCUGCGUUGAAGGUACGUAAAGGAAUUGUCCGUAGUAUUUCGUGACAGUUUUCCAUUAUUAUAUUGUUGUCAUAAAAUAUUACAACAUUAAUAUUUUUAUAAUCGAAUAUCAAUUUUUCAUGGUAAUUUUUUUCAAAAAUUUGAAAAUAACAAGACUUUGCACAAAAUGGCAGACAUAUUUUACAAGAAAAACAGCAGUAGUAAAGAUAUUUUUGACGCUGGUGAGCAGUGCACAUUGAUUUUAUAUGGAGCGUCAAAGUCGGACAACGAUCUCAACAAAUAUAGAUACAAAUGUUUUGUCAGAGGCGUCUCUAAACGGCGCAAAAUGUCUCUCGCGUUUUUACCGCCUACGGAUGACUCAGCUCGACAACAUUUCAAACGAGUAUAUCUCCAAGUACAGCAAUGUUGUAAAAGCGGCUGCGAGAAUAACUGCGGAUGUAAAAAAACAGGUUUAUACUGCAGCACUGCCUGCUUAACUUGCAGUGGCGUGGACUGCCUGAACGCACCUCCAAUUGAAGACAUCAUCGAAACUGACACAGUAGGCGAUGUUCAAGACUCAGAAGAGACCGAUUCAUAAACAUAUUUCUUAUAUUAAACAACAUUAUAUGAAUUUAUUAUGUUUAUACUUUUUCAUUAAAACGGUCCUUAUCA